UAAAUAUAGCUAGCUGUCUGCUAUGUUUCAUGCCUGCAACGUGCGUGAACGUGUCUGUAUUUCGAUAAAUGCGACAGAGUCAUGUCGAAAUACAACCGAGGAAGUAACAUUUUUGCUGGGUUCAGAUCCUUAGGAUUUGUCUGCAACAAUGUGCCACAUGGAAUGCGCUACCAUGCCAGAUCAAAAGACCAUUAUGUGAUCACCGCCAUCGGAAAAGCCUUCCACACAUACCGGGUAUCCAAGUUGGCAAUCGUCGCAGUGAGUGACACCCAUCCAGAAGACAUCACCUGUCUGGUUGCUGAUGCCUUCCUAGCUUACACUGCUUGCAAGAAUGUAGUACGAGCAUUCACACUUGGACAGAAGGUUGUUCAUACGUACAAUGGUCACACCUCUGAUGUCCAUCUUUUGCUGCCGUUUGGUGACCAUCUCGUUAGCAUUGAUGCAGACAGUAAUCUCAAGAUAUGGGAUAUCCAGUCAGAAGAGCUGUAUUUAGAUCUACCGUUCGACAACAACAUAUUCCGAAUAUCAGCUCUGAUGCACCCAGCUACAUACCUCAAUAAGAUAUUAUUAGGAAGUCAUCAGGGUGGCAUGCAACUAUGGAAUAUCAAAUCAAAUAAGUUGCUGUAUACUUUCCAGAACUUGGAUUCUCCAAUAACAGUCAUCAAGCAGUCUCCAGCAGUUGAUGUAGUAGCUGUAGGUCUCGCCAAUGGAAAGAUCAUUCUGCUCAACAUCAAGUAUGAUGAGACGAUUGUAACUUUCACCCAAGACUGGGGACCUGUCACAGAUAUCGCAUUCCGCACAGAUGGUAACCCUAUCAUGGUGACUGGUAGCACAGCAGGACAUCUUGCCAUCUGGAACCUUGAAGAGCGCCGCCUACAGGCCCAGAUGAGAGAUGUUCAUGCCGGAGCCGUUGCUGCUGUGUCGUUCCUCACCUCCGAGCCGAUUCUUGUGACCAAUGGUGGUGAUAAUACUCUCAAGGUAUGGAUAUUUGACCAACCUGAUGGAAGUGGACGAAUCCUGAGACUGAGGAAAGGCCACAGUGCUCCACCAACCAGCAUCAAGUAUUAUGGCAAGAUGGGCAAAAACAUUCUAAGUGCAGGUCAGGAUGGUACUCUGAAGUCUUUCUCCAUGGUCCACGACAAGCACAACAAAGAUCUGGGUGUAGCAGCCUAUGACAAGGCACCAGGGAAGAAGAAGGACAGCAAGAAAGGAUGGAAACACAUGAGGCCUAUCACAUGCUUUGCUGCAGAAACAAGUCGUGAGAGUGACUGGGAUGGUAUCGCAGCCUGCCAUCAGGGUACAUCCAUGGUGACGACAUGGAACUACCAGAAGAGCAACAUGGGCAAACAUAAAAUCAAACAUGAUCGCUUCAAAGGAGUACCCGGUGUCCAGGCAACGGUAAGGGCUGUGGACAUAUCAUCAUGUGGUAACUUUCUAGCGGUAGGCUGGAGUACUGGAGAUGCAGACCAAUACAACAUUCAAUCAGGGAUUCACAGAGGGACCUAUGGUGACCCCAAAGCCCAUAAUGGUGCGAUCCGUGGUCUAGCCAUCAACGGUCUCAACCAGGUUGUUAUCACCGGGUCAGCAGAUUGUCAGCUGAAGUUCUGGCAUUUCAAGAAGAAGAAUCUCCUUCAAAGUUUAGAGUUCAGUCUUCCCAUCAGUCAGCUCCUCCUGCAUAGAGAAAGUUCCAUGUUAGCUGUUGUGACAGACGACUUCACCAUCCAUGUAGUUGAUGCAGAUCUCAAGAGGGUUGUGAGAAGGUUCUCUGGACAUCAUAACAGAGUCACAGACCUGGCAUUUAGUCAAGAUGCACGAUGGCUCAUCACAUCAUCCAUGGACUGUACAGUAAGGACAUGGGAUCUUCCUACUGCAAAGUUAAUAGACUGUUUCCUUGUGGAUGAAGCUGUUACGAGCGUCACACUCUCACCAACCAAUGACUUUCUAGCUACCUCACAUGUUGACGAUCUAGGCAUCUAUUUAUGGUCCAACAAGACCCUGUAUAGCCAUGUGAGCAUAAGACCUCUACCUGAUGACUAUGUGCCUACUCUCAUCAGCUUACCUGGGACGAGUGCUGAGAAAGGUCAAGCUACUGGAGUGGAUGUUGAAGGCGGAGAUGAGAAGAUGGAGGAGGAUGAUGAGGAAGAAGAGAAGGAGGAGGAGGAGUUGAUGGAGUUCAAAUCACCGGAUCAGAUAGGAGAAGAAUUGAUAACCCUCUCAUUGCUUCCUAACUCAAGAUGGCAGAGUCUUACUCACUUAGAUCUUAUUAAGAAAAGGAACAAGCCAAAACAACCACCCAAGGCACCCAAGGCAGCUCCAUUCUUCCUACCGACAGUAGCAGGUCUUACACCCAAGUUUAUAGCCAGCUCUGAUGAACAGACAGAUAAGCCAUCAUCUCACGUCCUGAACCUGUCCAACAUGGAGAUGAAAUCUGACCUGUGUGUCCUUCUUGAGAAAGGGGCUUCCCCUGAACAUUAUGAUGCGGUGCUGAAGUUCCUGAAGACCAUGUCUCCAUCUCGUAUUGACAUGGAGUUUAGAUCAUUGGAUCCCGUAGGAGGUGGUUCUGUGCUGGCUAUGAGGCAGUUCAUCUCAUUCCUUCACCACUCCUUGACUACAGGCAGGGACUAUGAACUCAUACAGGCAUAUCUAGCCCUCUUUCUCAAGCUUCAUGGUGCUAUGAUUGCAAGAGAAUCAGACUUAGCAGAAGAGCUCUCCUCGCUAGCACAGAUACAGGAGUCGUCAUGGUUACGCAUCCAGAGACAUUUCGACCAGAGCCUGUGCCUUGUCAAAUACCUCAAGAGUGCCAAAAUAUAAUAUAAUAUAGUGGACAAUAGAAGAAUUCAUGAUAAACUUUGGACCCCAAUAAACGAUAGUUCCAUAUGUGCUUCUUAUUAAUAAUAUACAGUAUGCUGAGAGCCAGAAGGGUGUUAAUGCUAUUUAUUUUUGUGGUCUAUUGCCUAACGCCCUUUUUGUUCCGCAGGGUACAAUGUGGUAAUCAUAAUAAUACCAGUCUCUUGACCUCUGAUAACCUCAAUUUAUUAUGUUCAUUGUAUUUGCAUCAUCAAUUUACAAAAGAAUUGCUUCUUUUUUUUUAAAUCAGAAAUAACUGGCAAUCUUGAGAUUACAAACCGCCAUUAACAAAUAAGUUUAUAUAAUGGUUAUCUGUUUGCUUCACAGCUAAACGUGUGAUGAAUGC